AUGCACAACAACAUUACAUUAACUCUUAACAAUGGGUUUGGUUACGACUGCUUGAUCGAUGAUUACAAGUUAUUAGAAAUAUUACCUGGUAGGAACAACAGUCGACCUGUAGUUGGUGUCUACUUGUUGAGAUCAGAUUCAUGGAAACCAGGAUAUAUUCCUUACAAAUUUUAUCGUGAAACACCACCGGGGGUGUUGUCUAACGGAGCUCUUCACUGGUAUCUUUGUAUGCUUUAUAGUAGUGAUGAUUCUUCAGAAAGUUUUGAGGUCUGGGUUAUGAAGGAUUACGGAGUCAAAGAGUCUUGGAUGCAAGUAUAUAACAUUCCUUGGAUGACUAUGUUUGGCCGUACGCUUCGUUGCUUCAGGCAGAUACAAUGUCUAAGAAACAGAGAGCUUCUUUGCGAGAUUAAAACCCAACACGAUGAUAAGGCAGAUGAUAGUACUAUGGUUUUAUAUGAUCCGAAGGAUGAUAAAUAUAGUAUUUUGAAGAUGAAUGGCGAUAGGAGUUAUUUCACACAUUCUAUAUUCCAAAUAGAGAGUUAUGUGCAGAACUCGGUUUCACUUAAUUCGGGUACUGAAAUGCAAAUAGAGAUGCAAAUAGCUUAG